AGGGUGGGGCCUGACUCCUGGCUCCCCGCCGAGUUCAGAGCUGCAGCCUGCACCAUGCGCCUUCGCCCAUGCAGAGCAGAUUGCAGUGGCCCCACAGCUGUCAGUGGGAACUCUCUGAUCGCACAGCUCUCCCAGGAAAGCCAGGCCUUCACAGCUCACACCCUGCAACUGAUGGCUAGUGGAGCAGGCACUUUGCUCAGCCUGUCUGGUCCUGCUGAUCACAUGGCUGCUGGGAAGGGGACUCCCUUGAGCCCUUCAGCUGAAAACAGAAGGCAGCUGAGUGAACCCGAGCAGGGCCAGGGCCACAAGCCGGUACUGCUGGAGAAAACGAACUGCCUGGGCUCUGAGGCUGCCACUGGCAGGGGUACCCAAGAUGUGGCUUGUGCUGAGCUGGCCAUGUCAACAUCAGCAGGAAAACCCAGACUGGGCAAACCGCUGCCCCGGAAGGCUUGCACCGGGGAGAGGCUGAGUGCUUUUAUGGGGCUGCCAAGGCCACAAGAGAGGCUGGGGGGCGGCCGGGCCCAGGACAGUGAGCAUGAGGUUUCUGCAGGCCAUCCUGGCCCCCAGCAGCUGAUGCCAGAUGUCCCCAGGGCUUCAACCUGCUGUGUGUGGCCUGGUGCAGCCCGAGGGGAGCAGAGAAGCGCCUUUAGCAAACCCACUAAGCACCCAGCAGAGGGGCCUGGCUUCCAGGGUGCCCUGGGAGAGCUCUCUGGACUCCUCCAUGCUGUGGAUGUCCCUCGUUGGAAUCGACUGUCCACUUCCAAGCUGGUGAUAGGGGACCUCUGGAACUUGCAGACGCUGUCACAGAACACUCUGCUCUGCAGCACUUUCCUGGGUGCUCCCACACUGUGGCUGGAGCCUGCCCAGGCUCAGGGGUGCCCUAUAUCUUCUGCAUCCCACUCACUCCCCUCAAGAGCUGUCCUGCCGCCCACACUCACCUCCCUGGGCUUAUCCACCCAAAACUGGUGUGCUCGGUGCAACCGCUCCUUCCGCCUGACCUCUGACCUGGUCUUUCACAUGCGCUCCCACCACAAGAAAGAGCCUGCGGGCUCAGAGCCCCAUCCUAAGCUGCGUAGACAAGAGGCCCUCACCUGCCCCAUCUGCCAUGAGUACUUUCGGGAGCGCCAUCAUCUUUCCAGGCACAUGACUUCGCACAGUUAGCAGUGGACAGGGGUGAGAGGGCAAGGUCCUGGGUACAGUGUCCAGUGGUGGCAAAGGCAGCUCCUAGCCUGCCUGGAGUAUGGCACAGGUCUGAGACCUCUGUGCUCUUUGGCAUCUAUGGAUGAACAGCUCCAUCCUUAACUGGAAAAAAUCGCUGAGCCCUUGUGAGGUGCUUGGCAGGAAAUGAAGUUCUGAAAUGAAGUGAUGUGCUUUGCUCAUCCGGGUUAGUGGGGCAGUGGGCACUGGGAGCAGGGUUGCUCCUGGCUCUGUUCCUUUACUUUUCCUGGAAAGGUAUUGGGGCCCAGAAUGGGUCAUAUAGGUAGGCAAGACCUGCAUUCACCUUGGAGCUAUAACCUUGAACCUGCUGAGCCUCAGUUUCCUCAUCUGUUAAGUGGAGGUGAAUAUGUCUGAGUGACAGGGCAGGUGUGGCCUGUUUGCUGCCUGGUACGCCGUGAGCACUGAGGACAGGUCACUGUCUGGAUUCAUCAGUCUUGCCAUCAAGGAAAUCUCAUGGGCAAAUGAAUGCAUGCAUGUGUUGCUUGGCUGUGAGUCUGCGAUGGGGCCAAGUGAGGAGGCUUCGCUGGCUGUGGCUCCUGCCGGCAGGUGGAAUCAAGUCCAAGCUCUGCCUCUGCUGGGAUGAACAGGCUGUGCAGAGCAAACCUCAUUCGCAGUGAUGCCAAGAGUGGGGGAGAAACACAAACCAGUAGUCGAGCCUGCCACCUGCUCUGGGGUAUGCAAAUAAAUGAGAGUGCUUGCCAUGUGCAGAAGGUCACCACUGAGACUACUGUCCUGGGUGGGACAGGAAAGGGCAUCUCCGCUCAACGUGAGGUGACAUUCUUAUCUUGUCCCUUGACAGCAGCGCCUGAUGCUGACACUAAUGCUCACCUUUCUUCAGUGGAAACUAAGCUCAGAGAUUCACAGCUUCUUCAGACUGCUGCUCAGGAGCAAGGAUACAAGAAUAGGACCCCAGCCUCCCCAACUCUGAGCUCCUAUCCUUCCCAACCUGCCACUUGUGUGCAUAGCUCUAUAAGAGGCUUCCUGGGUGACUUAAGAGCAGGAGCACAGGGGCAGGCCUGCCUCAGACUCCAUCUGAGUCUUGCUGCUCUCUCUCUCUCUUACACACACACACACACACACACACACACACACACACACACACAUUCCUACCACCCUUUUCUGGAGCAGUUUUCUUAUCUCAAAUGCUAAGUAUUGUACUGCUUUAUCUUAUAUAUUAUGGCUCCUGCCACUAGAACUAAAGCCCAGAGGAAAUUUUGCUAUUUUGUGUACCUGCUGUAUCUCCAUUGUCUAGAGCAGUAUAAGCACACAGCAGGCAUUUGCCAUGUGAGUGAAUGCAUGAAAAGCCUGGCUCUAGCCUUGCUCGUGCUGGGUCUCCAUCUGCUUCUCAGGAGGGUCUCGGCACCUACAAAAUGAUGUGCAUCCUUGUCCCUCCCUGGCUGGUUACCCCAGGCUUGGUUUCUGUAAAGAUUUUUUAAGUGGGGAGAAUGCCCCCUAUUAAGAUACAGUGGACACUUGGAAAUGGAAAAGGACUUUAGUGCCACCCUCACUUUAUACCAGUGGCCUUUGAGGUCCACACCCUGCUGACAUGCUCAGUAUGGAAGGGCAUGUGGAGGUGAGGUCAAGGUUAGGACCCCUGAGGGGUCAGCCCUGCCCCACCCACACCUCCAGAACCGCAGCUGGACCAGGCGCUAGCUUGCAGGAAUAGAAUGACCUUGGGUGCCAUUGCUCCUGGAAACCAGUUAUACCAUUCCUAACUGGGAUGGGCAUUUUGAGAAAGGUUGACGCUAUGAAGAUACAAGUAAAUAUCACCUUCCAACUCUACUUUUUAAGACAGAUGGAUAUCAUUUUAUUAAAAGUCAACUUCUAAGACAGAGUUAAUCUUGGUAAAAAUUGAUGUAGGUUCAAGUUGCUUGGCAGCCAUUCAAAGCAACCCACUCAAAGAUGAUUUGGGGGUGAUGACUGCUGGGUGACUAAUGUGGCUGUCCCUUAGUGUCACAGGCCCCUUCAAGAGUCAGUUCCUUUCUUGCCUCUUCCUUCCUGUCUCUCUGUUACUGCCAUGGUCUGGAUGUGUGUGCCCCCCAGCUACCAUCAUGAGGUCUCUCCAUGCUAACUGGCUAUCUCCGUCUGUAAGAGGCAGGCCUAGUGGGAGGUCCCUAGGUCUCUGGGGUCAUCCCCUUAGAGAAUGUGGACCCUCCAUCUCCUCUCUCUCACACCUUCAUUAAUCAGAGGGCUACCCUAUCUUAGAUUAGAAACUUUAUGAAUAAAUUAUAUAAAUUAA